ACUGCUUUUACUGCCUCCUCCCUCCCCCUGUCUCUUUGUCAUCCGCUGAUCUGCGGUCAGCCACAGUCUCCUGCGAGUAGUGCGUCCGUCUCGGCCGCUUUUCUCCAGCUGCCAAGUCGGACCUUUCCGUUCGGUGGCGGUUGGUGCCACUUUCCCAUCGUUUCUCCAGAGUCCAAUGGGACCCGACGACUGGCUCCAUCUCACUGACUUCCUUUAACCCGCAGCCGCAGUCAUGGACUGUUACGCGUCUGGUGCGUCGCGCCUCUUGUUCCGUGGAUAUUUACGCGUCGCGCUGCUGUGGCUCGUAGAAUUAGGAGCGUUGGCGCAGCAAGCAGAGUCUGCUGUGCUGCUUGAUUCCCAUCACUCCACGGGUCGUGAGUUUACAUGGACCUGCAGAGAAGAGAGCAGCUCCUCGUAGAACGGUUACAUCCACACUUUAGUUCUGCAGCCUUUCAUUCACCACUGAUCUGACUCAGCUUUUAAAUUUACAGCACGUGUGUCAGUCAUAAAAGAAGAAGCUUAAUGUACUAUUCGGCCCAAAAACGAAGUUCAAAUGUGAGGAAACCGACUUAAAGCCCCAGAGUGUAACCCAGGAGGCCAUCGGGUUUUGCGUAACCCACAUCGCAGCACUGACUUCGACUCCUCCGAGAUCCAGAACACGGCCAUCCAGGACCUGAUCUGUGACCACUCGCUGCUGCCGGGCUGGUACCGGUUCAAGAUCAACAACAAGCCGGCAGAGAUGCCCACAGCCUGCGUCGAGAUCAACCGCUGUGGGACGCAGGCUCCGGUGUGGCUGUCGUUAAAGGGCACCUCCCUGCCCCGACCCGGCGAGGUCCAGCAGCUCUCUGCCUGCGCCACCUGGCAGUUCUUCCACGGCAGCACCAAGGACUGCUGCCUCUUCCGCAUCCCCGUCACGGUGCGCAACUGCGGCCAGUUCCUGCUCUACUACCUGCAGCCCACACAGGGCUGCAUGGGGUACUGUGCUAAAGUUUCCAGUUUGGGGUCGAGAGUUUGUGCAGCGGGUGAAGUGGAAGUUAACGGCCAGUGCAAAGCUGCAGCCCCACCUCUGCACACAAAGCCAGUGAUCGCCCCACAGCUGCUGGGCCACAGCGUCCACCUCAGGUGCUCCUUCGUCCAGCCGCCGUGGAGCCAGGCGCUGGGCUUCCACGUGGUGUGGGCCAGACACAUCGGCCACACCAUGAAAGCUGAGAUCAGGCAGGAAUCCACGCAGAAGCCCUUCAGUCUGGUGGAGAUGGAUGGCGUUCACUUCCGGCUUGGGGAGACGUUCUCCUGUAGCGUAUCAACGUUCACUGUUAACUCCAGCCAAGCGAAAUCUGCUCCAAAGGAAAGUGAGAGCUUCUUUGCUGGACUGAAGUUUUCUCCAGACGUCCUCCACAUCGCAGAGAACAGUGAGGAGCACAUGGUGACCGUACGCAGCACGGUGCCCAUCCCCUGCUUCCAUCCCAACCACAGGCCUCAGUGUGGACUCCCUCUGGCUCUGAGCGUCCACGACCCAGACGGCCUCCAACACGAGGCCCCCAAUGUGGCGCUGUCCACUUGUCAGGUGGAGCUGGAGCCGAGCGCCUGCGGCGACGGCAGCUGUGGUCGGGCCGCGUUCUUCGUCACCGCCGUCACUGAUUUCACACGUGAUGGCACUCGUUCGAGCCUAGUGGCUGCUCUGCCCGCGGCCUCUGCACCACAGCUUUGGAGAAGCUACGUCCCAGCACCUCUUAAGGUCACCGUCCAGGAUGUUCCCACUUCAACCUGCCACUCGCUGACUGACCCCCACAUCAUCACACUGGAUGGCAGGCGAUACGACAAUCACCACACUGGCACCUUCGUCCUUUACCGGAGCCUCGUCAGGGACUUUGAGGUCCAUUCUCGCCAGUGGGACUGUGGCAGCCGACACUACGCGGUGGCCUGCAACUGCGGUGUCGCAGUCCGAGAGGGGAAUGAGGUUGGCGUCUUUGACAUGUGCAACGGGCAGCUGCAGGAAACCAGGCCCCAGCUUACGAUGAAGAGCCUCGGUGAUGAUGAGGGCAUCCGUGUGCGGGUGCUGGAGUCCCACCAGGGGAAGAAGGUCACCUUGAUAUUUCCCUCCGGGGCCUUUGUUAGGGCUGAUGUUGGCGACUGGGGAAUGAGCCUGUCCGUGCGGGCUCCCAGCGUCGACUACGCCAACACUCAAGGCCUCUGCGGCACCUUCGACCGUAAUGGCAACAACGAUUUCCAGGCCUCCGAUGGCAGCUUGUACGGCCCCGCUGACCUGGAGAGUUUCCUAGAAAGCUGGAGGAUAUCUCCUGGUGAGAGUUUAUUCGACAAGACACCACCUGCCGUGACACAGAGAGUGAGGAGGCCUUUCUGCCUGUGCCCCAAAGUAUACAGCACCCCCCAACACGCUAGCACGGGGACAGAGAGCCUGUACAGUCCCUCAGGUCACUCUGACUGCACAGCGUUCCACAACGUGGAUUAUACGUCUGUGUUCCCUGUUGUGGACACGACACUGGAAUACAUAAAGAGUCCAAACAGAGAAGAGAGCGUGGUGGAUACGUCUGCCUUUGACAGUCGUCCUCUGGAGAGGGGGCACCUUCAGUUUCCCAGUGAGCCCCUCAAAAACAGUGACGGUAGCCGUGAACUGCUCAGUGAGUUCAGGGAGGAGCACCUGCUUUCGGUUAAAAGACGGAGCAGGCAAGCGCCGCCUCAGUUCCAGUCUGUCUUCAGUGCUCAGAGACUCAGCCAGGCUAAUCUAGAGAACUUUGCCUACUUCUUUCCCGAGGAUCACCUGGAAAAAGCCCGGCCAGAGGUGGAGCCGCACUGGCCCACGCCGAGCGGCUUGACCUCGGCCAAAGCUCUGGAGUUGUGCCAGAUAGCUUUGGUGAACUCCACUGUUGGCACAGUGUGCCGUGGGCUUUUGGGGCGGCGCCUGGAUGAGACAGUUGAUCUCUGCAUCCUGGACCUGCAGCUCAAAGACGACCUGAACUGGGAGGAGGCCUUGCUGCCAUACCUGGAAAACGAGUGUGAGAGGAGACUGUUGGAAAACAGGAGCCAAAGGGCCUCGGCGUUGGCGUUGGCGUCUGGGGAAGUGACGCUAGCGCUGCGAUGCCCCAACCUUUGCAAUGGGAAUGGACGGUGCACAGAGUGGGGCUGCCAGUGCUAUCCCAGCUACAGCUUCUAUGACUGCAGCCUGGCCAUCAGCCAACCAGUGGAGUUAACGGACCUGGAGAAUGGCGGUCUGUGUGACAUUCGAACCGCUGACUGCCGCAGGAUUCGGGUCUUUGGUGUUGGAUUCAUCAACUCUCGGGACCUGAGUUGUCACGUCACUAGACUGAAGUACAUGAAUGGAGCUUGGGUUCCAGGGGAACAACAGAGAACAAAAGCGACCUUCCUGAGCUCCAAAGCCUUAGACUGUGCUGUCCCAGCCCUGAGCACCACAGCCAUUAACACCGAAGACUUCAUGAUGGACGACAAACCAUACGCACGCUGGGAGGUUAAGGUGGCCAAUGAUGGCUCCCAGUACAGCCGGGCCAAGGUGUUGACAGUCUACGAUGGCGUGUGCCAGGUCUGCGAGGCAUCGCGCUCAGGACUCUGUAAGUUAAAGGAGCGAACAUGUAACAUCGAUGGGAUGUGUUUUGCAGAGGGACGCUCUAAUCCUAGCAGCCCCUGCCUGCUCUGUGACCCAGACUCCUCCAAGUUCAGCUGGUCCGUGACCCGAGUCAAUGAGCCUCCCACCUUCCACCGACCGCAAAGUGGUCUGCGCACGUUUGCCGGGGAGAACUUCGUCUUCCAGUUCGCAGCAUCGGACCCGGAGGGCUCUGCACUUCUCUUCCAGCUGGAGGACGGGCCGCAGGGGGCUGUCCUGUCCCCAGCCGGCCUCCUCAUCUGGAAGGUCCCAUCGCCGCUACAGGAAGGACGGCAGAUGAGCCGCUCCUUCCGCUUCUCACUGUCUGAUGAGUGCAACGCCCAGAGCAUCAUCACAGUAGAGAUCGAUGUGGCGCCUUGUGGCUGUCAUAAUGGAGGCACGUGUGUCACAGAUGUUAACUUCCCUGCUGGCAGUGGGAAGUACUUGUGUGUGUGUCCAGAAGGGAAACAGGGCAAAGCCUGUGAUGAGGAGGUGGAUGCAUGUUCAUCAGCUCCCUGCACGCUUGGGAAGUGCAUUAACACGGCCAGUGGCUUCAGAUGCGAGUGUCCUGCAGGACUGAGGGGUGUAACAUGCCUGGAAGAUAUCAAUGAGUGUGAAAGGAAGCCAUGUUUCCCGGGGGUCCAGUGCUUCAACAGCUUCGGCUCCUAUGGCUGUGGCCCGUGCCCCAAAGGCAUGGUGGGAAAUGGAUCAAUGUGCACCGUCCUUGGACCUGAUGUCAUCACUUCCACAUCAGCCCCUCAUCUGACUGUCUACAAGGUAAUAGAUAUUUUGCCGCAACCACCCAAAAUGAAGACCGACACCGUCUCAAGUGGCAGCUCCGUGCGGACAGGGCUGGACCCGCGCUCAUCACACGCUACGACCAGCACUUGGAGAAGAGCUCCAGGCGUGAGUCUGAAUCCAGAUGCCCCAGAGGUGGAAACCAACAAGAGCAUCAAGCCUGCAUCAACUGAAUCUGACGCUCGGAGUAAACCCCAGGGACUGGCCCUGAACACAUCCAGGACUAAUGCAGAUUCUCUGAAGAACAUUUCUACAGUCGCAUUGGACCAAGCGAAGCCUGAUCAGGCCAGAGUUAGCAAUGCUGUAGCUAAGAUGUCCACAACAGUGCACACAGGCAGACGAGCCUCAGGUCUGGUUCCGUCCCUGGCGGCCAAUGUGUCGGCCACGUGUGCCAGCAGACCCUGCUUCCCCGGGGUUCAGUGCAUCAACCGCAGGCCGCCGCACGUCGGCUAUGUCUGUGGCCGCUGCCCCCCUGGUCUCCAUGGCAACGGCCGCAUAUGCAUGAAAAAUGCCGGCGCGGCUUCCAAUCACCUUUCUCAGCAGCAGUCAGUGGCCAAGACGAGCCCGUCCCUCAGACCCAGAAGCGAAGGGCUCCAGCUCAUCUCGCCCAACCUGCCCACCAGCCACAGUACUGAGCACCUCUCCCGGCCCGCCAGUCAAAACAGUGGCCCCCCCCCCCCCCAGGCCUCGGCCUCAUGGAGGGGAGGGGGGACCGGGAGGAGGGAGGCGGCUGGCGCCGCUUCGAGAGAUGCUGUGAGGACAACGCAGGUCACUGCGAAUGCUCACUUCACCCGGCGAAAUCCUGCAUCAGACGCAACGACGCGUACGCGAACAGGCCUCACUUCCUCCGGGGGGUUCGUUGCGGCCGACGUGAGAGUCUUCCAGUCACUGACUGGUGACACCAGUCUUACUCCUGAAGUAGUGACGCAGCCCAAACACACGACCCAGCCUCAGCCCAGGCUCCCACCCCCCCACACCAAACCCUGGACCCCUUGGAGGCCGUCCACUCCCCUCACAGCAGCGCUCACCUCCUCGGUGUCCGAGCUGGAGUUCUCCGCUGAUGGAGACGAGGCCGAGUCCACGUCCAAAGGUCCAGAUGCGCCGCAGAUGCUCCCACCGCUGGCACCAACGCUGCUGCAGAGAUCCACCUCCCAGCAGCUGGAGAGGAGCGGGGCGACGGCCUGCCCCGAGCGCCCAUGUUUCCCCGGUGUCCAGUGUGAACGGGCCUUGGACGGGGGCUUCCGCUGCGGGAGGUGUCCCAUAGGAUACACUGGAGAUGGCCGCGCCUGUCGAGCUGUUUGCAGGCACGCGUGUGGACGGAACAUGGAGUGUGCUGCACCCAAUACGUGCCGCUGCAAACCGGGCUACGCUGGGGCUGACUGCCGGAAAGCGAUCUGCGACCCGGGCUGCGCCAACGGCGGCGUGUGCGUGGCUCCAGGUGUGUGUCAGUGCCCCAGGGGUUUCCAUGGAGAGACGUGUCAGGAAGCUUUGUGUGAGCCUCCGUGUGAGAAUGGAGGCACCUGCGUGGGACUGCACACCUGUUCCUGUCCUUAUGGAUUUGUGGGGCGUCAGUGUGAAACCAUGGUGUGCGGCCGUCACUGUCACAACGGGGGCCGCUGCGUGUCUCCAGACCAGUGCUGGUGCCCGCCAGGCUGGACCGGGCCCUCCUGUGAUACGGCUCGCUGCUCUCCCGUCUGUCUGAACGGAGGCGCGUGUGUCCGGCCCAGCGUCUGCGAGUGUCCUCAUGGUUUCUACGGAGCAAAAUGUCAGAAUGCCGUCUGCAGCCCUCCAUGUAAAAAUGGAGGCCUCUGCAUGAGGAACAACGUGUGCUCCUGUCCACAGGGAUACACGGGGAGACGCUGUGAGAAAAGCGUGUGUGAGCCCAUGUGUAUAAAUGGCGGCAGGUGUGUUGGUCCAGAUGUUUGCGACUGUCCUUCUGGUUGGCGAGGGAGGAGGUGCGAUAAACCGACUUGUCUCCAGAAGUGUUUGAAUGGAGGUGAGUGUGUGGGUCCCAACACCUGCCACUGCACCCCGGGGUGGCAAGGCAUGCUGUGCCAGAUCCCUCAGUGUGAACAGAAGUGUCUUUAUGGCAGUCGAUGUGUCCAACCCAACGUCUGCGCCUGUCAGGGCGGAUACUCAGGAUCCCUGUGCUCCAGGAGGCUCCCCGUUACCAAAGGCUGAGCCUUAAUUACAAGUCUGAACAGUUGGAGUUCGGUUGGAUUUUCUCAGCGCCAUCAGCAAAGUGUCUGAUCAAAGGAAAGCGCUGUUGUUUGAGCUCUACAGCACAAGCCCCAAACUCUUUGACUAUUUAUUUUCAGUGGUUGUUUUAUAUUGUCAGAUUCUGCUUGUUGUAUAUAUCUUAAUAUAUAAUCACUAUUUAAUCUGUUUUUUCUUACUAAAACGUUAUGUAUUGGUUGUUUUAUAAGAAAAUAAAGCUCCUUUAAAGUUUU